GCAAUGCUGGAUUUGACCGAGAUGUUAAUCUGAUGUCACGCAACACUCAUUGCCAUAUUGUUUAUGACCACAGAUAAUAAACCACAUUGUGACAGCCAGUGCCCCUGUUCCACUUGAGAACAACCCAAAACACAACGCAGACAGACAAGACGGGUUACACCGAGACGAACGGAGCGCGAGCGCAAUCCUGUGAAAGUCUCGGGCAGGCGGUAAUAGUGAAGUGCGUGAAGGAGAGAUAAGAGGCACGAUUCACAAACACUAUUCAGGGCCUCCGUUAAUUCGUGCUUGUAGUCAUUUAAUGUGUAUAUAUUUUGAAAGCAUUAAAUCGCUAUAGAAAUUGCGAUUCAUUCGAUUUUUAGCGUUUUCGAUUACUGUCCGAGAUCGGCGAUUCUCGAUUCAAAAAUCAUGUUUCAAGAUCGAUGCAUAUGAAUCGUCAAGGUUUGUAAUCGAUGCAUCGAGAAAACGAGUGAAUCUGUACACCCCUAUGCAUGGGCUUUUUUCUUUUCUUAUUUUAACGUGUACACAAAAAGCAAACAUUCUGUAUAAUUCAUGUGAUAAACACCCAGUGCUCCUCAAACCAGGGCUGUUGUCAGUGUUUGUCAUCAGCAGUUAGUUAUCAGUGCUUGUAUCUCUUCUUUGCAGGUGUCAGACUUUGAUGCUGAAUGUACACUUAAGUGUUUCCCACAAUCAGUCUCAUGACAGCUGGGGGACUUUGUCAGCACUUUAACUUUUGCAGCUUUUCUGUCUCUCUGUGAGGUGGAGGAGGAGUCCUGUUCAUCAGUAUUGAUGUUCUCUAUAUGUAUAUAAAGAAAGCUGAAAAUUCCUCUAAAGAAAAGUUUGUCACUGAAGCUGUUAGGUGAUUUUGUCUGUUAAUUCUUGAAAGUUCGCCCUGAUUGAGACAGGAAGUCUUUUUUUCUUCAUAAUCACUGAAAGCUGAUGAGAAGUUGUAGAGCAGAGGAAGAGGAAGAUGAAAAGCUGUCUGGAGGUCCUCCUAAUGUCGACAGUCGUCACACUCACUGCUGCAGGCAAUGUGAGGUUGGUUGGUGGUAUCAGUCCCUGUUCUGGUAGAGUGGAGGUUUUUCAUAAAGGUCAGUGGGGAACAGUGUGUGAUGAUGGCUGGGAUAUGACUGCUGCUGCAGUGGUGUGUAGAGAGCUGGACUGUGAAAAACCUUCACGUGCAGUUGGCGUUGCUCACUUUGGACAAGGAUCAGGAAAAAUCUGGAUGGAUGAAGUAAAGUGUACUGGAUCAGAGACAACACUGAAGAAAUGUAAAACAAAAGGAUGGGGUGACAAUAACUGUGAUCAUAAGGAAGAUGCUGGAGUCUUCUGCAAAGGUCGCCUCCCCAGUCUAGUAAAUGGGUCUCAUCAUUGUGCUGGGAGGUUAGAGAUACUUCAAACAAAGACGUUGAUGUCAGUGUGUGACGCUGUCUUUGACCAGCAGGAUGCAGAGGUUGUGUGUAGAGAGCUGGACUGUGGGGCUCCUGUACAGGUGCUGGGAGCAGCAGCUUUUGGCAAAGGAGAUGCUAAGAUUUGGAAAGAAGAGAUUCAGUGCAGAGGAGACGAAUCACACAUUGAAUUAUGUUCUACAUCCAACUCUUCACAUAAACACUGUUCCCAUGAAAAUGCUGUAGGAUUAAUAUGCUCUGGUUACACUGAUCUCAGGCUGGUAAAUGGUUCAGACUCUUGUUCUGGUCGAGUCGAACGUCAGUACUUCAGUAAAUGGGGCACAGUGUGUGAUGCAUGCUGGGAUAUGAGAGCCACCAGUGUUCUCUGUAGACAAUUCCUCUCUGGCUCUUCAUGA